GUGAACCAGAUAACCCUACCAUGGGGUACAUAAGAAUUCUAAUUGUGGUCACAAUUAUUAUCUCCCUUGCAGGCCUAGCAUUAUCUGGGUGUAGAUGUCAAAUCAAACAUCCACAAACUGCCUUCUGUACACAUAAUUAUGUUAUAAAAGUAAUGGUAAAGGCAAUCAAAGAAAAUUUAGCAGAAAAUGGAUACAAGCAAUAUCUUUCUAAAAAUUAUAAUCCGGACACAGUUUUAUAUAGAAGAACACCAAAGAAAAUCAUCUUAAGCAGAACCUACAAAAUUAAAAUAUUGAGGAUAUACAAGAAUAGUAAAAAGUUUAAGCAGGCCAAUAUAAAGUUAGUUAUGACCCCUGGUUCAUACAAAAGUUGUGGUGUUAUACUGAAGAAAAAAAGAGUGUAUAUUUUAGCAGGUGAUGUUAUCAACACAGAGUUAUGGAUAGAUGGUUGCAGUUGGGUACAGGAAUUCAAGAGUCUAACAAAACAAAACCUGAAUGGUCUGAACAAAAAAUAUAGACAAAACUGUAAUUGUCAAAUUAAACACUGCACUGGAAGAAACUGUAGAAAUCAUAGUAAAAAUUGUGAAUUCAGACAUGAAAUAUGGGGAUGUUAUAGAGAUUAUGGAAUAUGUGACCAUAGACCACACUCAGACAAUUGCCAUUGGAAGCAAAAUCAAGACUUCAAUAAAUGUAUAAAACAAAGUAAUCGAAAGCUUCGCAGGAAUAAGAGGAAAAGGAAAAGGAAAAAUUAAUAAUUGGACAAAAUUUAUUUACUUUCUGAUCUAAAUAAUUAAUUUCUCUUCAAAUACAUUGA